CGCGGGGUGUAUGUGUGGCAGUGACAUGCGGGUGCAUGGAGGGUGAGAAGUCCUCCUUUGGGUCGGCGCUGUGUAUAGAGAAAACUUGCAGAGCGGCUCCUCUCGUGUCCCCGGCCAGUGACACAGCAGCUCGCCGGCACUAGGACCGGCCGGCCCUCCGCUGCCCUCUCCCCCUCCUCUGCAGACGCCUGCGGGUCCUAGUGCUCCAGAGCUGGAUCCACUCUCUCCAUUGUUCUAUGGGAGAAGGACACCCACCGCACAAUGAUCGGCCAGCCGGCCGGGGGGUGUCCGCACUGCCACCCCACCAUCGGAAUGUCCUGAUCACACAGCAGGUGUAUCUUGUUUGCUGAAUUGUAUCCUCCAGAUUCCAUAUUGGUUGUAGCUGCCCCUCAAUACUGCAGCGGUGGAUUCCAGCAACUAAGGUGGAUCAUACAGAUAAUGGAAAAUGUGCCACAGAGGAUCCAUGGGAGCGCGACACAUAGAACGGCAACGCACACUUUCAUCAACUUUAGAUUUUAUGUGUAGCUUGCAACAGAAUGCAGCCAGCUGAUGUUAUUAUAUGCAAGAUGUGAGAGCGGCCAAGAACCACUGUGUGACCGGGGCAAUACUUCCAGGGCUCACCUUUUUAGUUAUAGACCAGUAAGUAAAGACUAAUGGAUUGUGUAUGAAAAAACACUUCAUUAUGGAGUCUACAAACUAUAACAAGCCAUUUCAUCAGCCUUGGAGGGUUAAUCAGCUGUGGUCCUAAAGAUUGGACCUAACCUACCAAACCCAUUGAGCAAUCACAUGACAUGGAACCGGGCCUGGACUCAUGCCCUUCAGCCUGUCAGUAGAGCACCCUAUGGCUCACAUGUAAAGCCAGUACCUCUACCGACAUAUCAGUAUGGUAGUAAUCUGCAAGCAUGUGUUAGUAAUGAAGCUCACGCUCGUUGCUUUCUGCAACAAUUGCCUUCUGCCAGCUCAGAUGUUAGAUUUGAAGACAGAUUUCACAUUCCAUACAAUCACUUUGAUAAUAUUAAUUGCAAAGAUAUAGCUGAAGAUGUAACAUCUCAAUGGAUAACGGCUGGAACAGAGCUAAUAAAAGUAGCUACAGUACCAAUUUCACAUUCAUUAUUCAGAACUCCUUGGAAUGCAGUAGAGAAUGCCCCUGAGGCAGUAAGAGAUUAUGAUUGUGAAAUUUUCGAUGAUGUUCCACAACCUUUACAUUGUUCAAACUCAGUAUCAAAAGUAGCUGAAGGGGUACAGUCUAGUCCCAUCUCUCUAGAUGCCAGAAUUGAAGAUCCUUGCUCUCCUGAGAUAAGCUCUGGUUUAGAAACUCUCAAUAAUGAUCUAUCAGGCAUGAUGGACAUAUCAGACACUAUUGAGGAGGAGCAAGAAAGUGACAAGGUCAACAAUUGUUUUUCACAAUAUGUUUCCAAAUCCAAAGGCCUCAGAUGCCAGCCUCAAGGGAGUGAAGAUGAAUCUUGUACAGAGAAAAGCAAGUUCCUGUUGAUAGAUGAUCAAGGGAUUCCUUACACCGUUUUCAAAGAUGAUAUAAUCUCAUCACUACAAAAUGUUGAUGACCUAGAUGAUCUAUCAUCAGAGGAUCCGAGAAGACUUCAUUACUGCCCUGUUUGCUUCAGGUCAUUCUUGUACGUGUCCGAUCUGGAACGCCAUAGUAUUACCCAUACAGAAUGCAAACCUUUUGAAUGCAAAGUUUGUGGAAAAAGCUUUAAACGCUCUUCUCACCUGCAACGGCACAAGCAUAUUCACACUGGAGCAAGACCUUUCCUAUGUAACAUCUGCCGCAAAGGGUUCCGUGAAUCAGGUGAACUACAAAGACACCAAAGGGUGCACACUGGGGAAAAGCCCUAUCAAUGUGAAAUCUGCUAUGUGCGCUUCACAGAAAAAAACACCCUUCGCAGGCAUACGAAGAGGAAACACACAAUCCAAGCUUUAUUUAGGCAGGCGGACAGCAGUGACUGGGAGGAAAACUUUAUGAAAAGUCUUUUAGAUGACAAUGUUCUGUAAUUGCUGGGCACAUACAAGUAUUAUACCUUUGUAUUUAAAAUAGCUAUUCCAGUCCCGGACUGUGCAAGAUGUCAAUAUCCAAGUGUUGUAAACUGCUGACAGAGGACCUAAAGGAAAAGUGCACUGCCGAAGCAUGGAGGCUGCCAUUGCUGAAAAUGCUAGGUAGCUGGGUGCCAUAAUGAUUCAAUGCCUUUAAUACUUUCUGAGUUGCUGACUUAAAAAAUGUGUACAGAUUAGGUCUGACUUGGCUCUGACUUUCCUGGUUUGACUGUUCUGUCUCAGAAAGUACUGAAGCCAAAAACAGCCUGCCAUUUUUUAGAGGAAGCGUAAAUCUAAAAGUUAAGUGGUGCUACAUGAUGAUAUCAAUAUCCUACAUGUUUAUUGUAAUGUAAAAGUCAUAUGAAAGACUAUACCCAAUGCCAACACUAUAUUGGGGAUGUAUUUUUGCCCCCUUCAUUAGGGCUAAAAACAACAAAAAGAAAUAUGAAGAAACUUUGUAUUUAGCACUGAUGAAGGGGACAAGACUGUAGCUCCCAAAAUGUAAUGGCUCUGUACACUGUACACCAUCUUUCAUUAGAUUUUUAUACUGAAACACAUUUUUAUUUUGACUUUAAUAUCACAGUGUUACACUUUGGUUCUAGAUUUGCUCAUCCCUACCACAACCCAAGGUAACCAUGGAAAUCGUUUGGUGUGUACUGUAGAAGUUGCCAGCAAUCAGACUCCAUAUUCUAAGCCUACCUCCAUACUAUUGGAAGGUAAUAGGAAAAUUCAGGGUUCCAGUGCCAUUUUUCCACUCUCCCAGGAAUUUAUAGAUCAAGGCCAGCAAUGGCUACCUCAAUAUUUCUCUCAGUAUAUUUCUGUUUAAGCUUUUUACUUGAUGUUGACCUAACAGGUGCACGAUAGCAGAAAUAGUCAGUAUCCAAUGUUGUGUAAUGAUUUUGUGUGGCUGACAGGAUCAACUAUACAUGCUCACACUAUAUAUGUGGCUCUUCUGUGUAACUGCAUCUGCACAGAACAAGCUCCCUGCAGUAUGUGUUCUUUCAUCCAAUGUCUUGAUUGGCAGAAAAAUUCCUAGAAUUGCAUUGUUCUGGCAAUAGGAGCAGAUUCUUACAUCUCUGAGUGAUCAAGGACCUAUAAGUGACUGGGCUCAUUUGAAAUGAGUCUUUCAGUGCUUGGGGAGAAAGUUAGCAGCCAUAACCAUAAAGGCAAGAUAGCACUUUGAGAGCACAGGGGCAAACAAAUGAAGCAACACACCUUCUAAAGAGAGUAUGUCCAGAUAUUAGGUACUGCAUGUUGUCAUAGAAUGAGGGUGACGUGAGUAGUGAUAUAGACAAAAAAAUGUGUCAUUUGCAUAAGUUAAUCACAUACCAGCCAUUUCAGGUGCAAACAUAUUCAACCAACUCCCUGUUCAGGUAAAUAUGUAUUGGACAUGUAUUACCCCAAACAAUGGGGAGAACAGUACCAGUGUUUAUUUGGUGUCAUCAUUUUCUUGAGUACAGCUCAAUAGAGUUAAAGAUAAAUUCCAGGUAUGGCAAUUUUUCUAUAGUUACAUUGGUUCAGCUUUGACCAAUUUAAGUAUGUAUGCACCAUACCUGUGGGAUCCCUGUGGAAACUGGAAAUUACUCUAGUAGGCACCACUCCUACAGUGAUCUCUACUAGCUUCCGGGUCCCAUGCUGAGUGCCUGCCAUACUGCAUUGUGAACAAAGUAAGCUGCAUGCUCGGUUAAGGCACCAUUCAGGGAACACUCCACAUUUUUUUCAAUGAAUGCAAAGUAUUUCUUUAUUGAAUAGUGCAGAGAGGUGGGAUGUGAAAUCGCAGUCCCCACCUUGUACAGUCAGAGAACUCUUUGUAUUGAUUAAGAAUAUGUAAAGUGUUCUUUAGAAUGGGCCCAUGCCAAGCUGGUGACCUCCUGUGUUCAGUGAGCAGCAGUGCAGCCAUUUGGCAUGGGACCUGGAAGCUAGCAGCAAUCACUGUAGUAGCAGUGCUAACUACAGUUAUUUUCAGCUUCCAUGUACAUUCCACAAGUUUUAAACAUGCAUGUUUGCAUUGUUCCAAGCUAGACCAAUGUGAAAUUUUCCAUACCUGGGAUUUAUCUUUAAGCAGUGCAACAGUGUUAUGGUAUACCAGUGACUCUCAGAUUGUGGAGUGUCCCUCCCUUUGGAGGAGCAACGAAGAUAUUUGCCAGCACACUGUGGGACAACAUAAGUAGCAUCCAAAUAGAUAGUUUAUUGCAUGAUCGCAACACAAGGAGGGUGCAAUGUUUCAGAAUCAAGUAGGACCCCUUCGUCAGGCAUGUGAUGUCAUCACAUGCCUGACAAAGGGGUCCUGCGUGACUCCGAAAUGUUGCACUACCGAAACGUAGUGUCCGUUUGGACACUAUUUAUGUUGUUCCAUGGUGUGCUGGCAAAUAUCUUUGUUGUGACUUGAACCAGUAUCCAGCUGGUAGUUGCUGCAGCACCCAAAUUUGAGAGCUCAUCCAGGAAUGUGUGUGAUGGGAAUAUGAAGGAGAUCCCUACAGUACAGGAAGUGGAUGCCAUCUGUAGGGUUGACACCCUUCUGGUUCAGCCUGGGGCUAAUGACACUAUAUUUUUGAAGUGUUUGAAUGUGACAUUCAAUGUUACUAUACCCUUGGUGCUACAUAAUUACUGUGCCUCUGCACAGUGAUGGGUACCCCAGUCUCCUGUGCCUAUGAUAGUGGAGUGAGCACUACGCAGGGUGGUAUACAGUGGGGAAAAUAAUAAUUUGAUCCCCUGCUGAUUUUGUAAGUUUGCCCACUUACAAAGA